GUGUAGCUGCUACAGCGUGCAGAAAAUAUGUAAUGAAAGGUGUGUGGGAAGAUGCUGCUCCAGUUCAGGACCUCUAAUCCUCUUGCGCAGACUUUUGAGGGACGUAGUGGUCGAUUUUGGUGAAAGUGCUCAUGGGGCUGAGCCUGUCCGUCGACUGCCUCCUGUCACUCAUUUCUCUGGUUCUAAGUGUCCUUGGUGAUCACAGUGAUGUCAGUAUCCAUCACCAUGACUAUUGUGUGCUUGGGGCGGGGCCUGCAGGCCUACAAAUGGGCUACUUUCUGUCCCAAAAUCAGAGAGAUUACAUAAUCUUGGAGCGCAACUCUGGACCAGGAAGUUUCUUCCAGAAGUAUCCUCGUCAUCGAAAACUCAUCAGCAUCAACAAAAUCUAUACAGGAAGGCGGAACAGGGAGUUUAAUCUGCGCCAUGAUUGGAACUCCCUACUGAGUCACAAGCCAGACCUGCUGUUUCAGAGAUUCAGCCGGGACCUGUACCCUGAAGCUGAUGCCUUUCCUCACUACCUCUCUGUGUUUGAGAAAGAACUGGGACUGCAGGUUAAAUAUAACACUGACAUAGGGAGUGUUCGAGCUUUGCAGUUUGGAGGAAGUGCACAUAAAGGCUACAUACUGACUGAUCAGCAUGGGGUGGAUUAUAAAUGCAGAGUUCUGUUAGUGGCCACUGGGCUCUGGAUCCCAGAAGAGGUCAAUUUUGUGGGCUCUGAUUUGGUAGAAGGAUAUGAGUCCAUCUCCACUGAUCCUGAGGAGUACAAAGAUCAGGCCGUGCUGAUCCUGGGUAAAGGAAACUCUGCCUUUGAAACAGCACAGAGCAUCCUGGGAAGAGCCAGCCGGAUCCACUUGUAUAGCCCAAGCCCUGUACGACUAGCAUGGCAGACACACUAUGUUGGAGACCUCAGGGCAGUGAAUAACGAGUUGCUAGACACGUACCAACUAAAGUCUCUGGAUGGCUUAGUGGAAGGAGGACUGGAGGAUAUUGCUGUUGUCCGUGGAGGAAGACUGAAAAGUAGAGCUGAAAAAAAGACGAAGGGGAAAUCUUCAGAAAAGAAAGAGCAGCUCUAUCUUACUCUGUCAGAACUUUUGGACAGCCGCAAUGUCAACCAGGGUACUAAUAUUACUGCGGAGAACCUGCCUGGUUACCAUGACGACAACUUCUCACUAAGACAGCCGUAUGACCGUGUAAUCCGCUGCCUGGGAUUCCGCUUCAACUUCACUAUCUUUAAUGUCUUUGCCCGUCCACCACCGAGCCGUGUUGCUCGGGGCCGUUUGCCGGCAGUGACAGCGUGGUACGAGGGCAGGGGGACGCCCAAUCUGUUCAUCAUCGGAACCUCGGCUCACUCCAGAGAUUACCGAAUGUCUGCUGGAGGAUUUAUUCAUGGAUUCCGCUACACAGUGCGUGCUGUGCAUAAGGUCUUGGAACAACGUUACCAUAACAACACUUGGCCAGCUACCAAACUGCACACCAGUCACUUGCUGUCUUGGAUUUUGAAAAGAGUGAAUGAAGCAUCUGGGCCAUACCAAAUGUUUGGAGUUUUGGGGGAUAUUGUAUUACUGCAAGGAGCUCACUGUGAGUAUCUGGAGGAGUUUCCUGUGCAGGCGCUACCUCAUUUUGCUGCUCUGUCUGGUCGGCGCGUCUCUGAACACGGCCUUCUGGUCGUGAUCAUGCAGUAUGGACUGAACCACACAGACACACUUGGGUCCGGCCGUGCUGAGUCAGAGUGGACCAAAGCCUGGAAGUCGAAUUUCCUCCACCCUGUCAUCUACUACUACAGUACAUUGCCUACAGAGAGAGAUAUGAGGCAUCGCCCGGUUGGAUGGCCUCUGCCACGUCCUGAUGCUGUACAUCACAUGGUCGAAGACUUCCUGACUGAGUGGGACCAGCCUGUGUCUCACAGUCAGCCCCUGCGUCGCUUCCUCGAACACUGCCUUCAGACAGACCUCAGGGCAUUCUAUGCAGAAUCCUGUUUCCAACUUUCCCUCACCAGUCUCAAGCCCCCCAUCUUCUGCCGUCAAGGCUACUUAAACAAAGGAGGCAUCGUGGGUAAUAGCCACCUGAGGCAGCAUGCCCAUGAGGCAGGGCUUAUGCCAAACCAUCAUAAAUCCAUUCUUCCUGCUAAUGAUGGGUCAUUUUCUGAAUACUUGUCACAUGCUGGAGCUGCAGUGACUUCGACAAUCAACUCUGACCUCUGAAGAGAGUAAAACAAGCCAAAGACUGAAUCUCUUAUAAAAAUUAUGAAUAUACAGUAUUUAAUUAUGAAAUAUCAAUAUUAACCUGUACCUCUUAAUGAUAUUUACUUAAAUAAAUGCCUCAUAUUUUUCCAAAGUUGUUUCUAUGCUAUAACUUGUCAGAUCUGUGUUUUGUUUUUUUCUUUAAAUAAGAAAGUGUUGUAUGUGAUGAGCUUGUGGUUUGUGUUGGAUAUUUAAUUUAAUUUUUAAACUUUAAUGAGUACUGUUACCUGGGGUUAGUGGUGGCUCAAUGGGUUAAGACUCUGGGUUACUUAUUGGAGGGUCGGGGGUCCCAGCACCACCAAGCUACCAAUGUUGGGGCCCUUGGUUGUUGGUUCAACCACUUUAUCCCCACAUAGAAGUGUAGAGAGAGAGAGAGAGAGAGAUAGAAGAAUGAGUGCUGUUACCUAUGCGUGUUUAACAUGCACAGAUAUAUAUCACUACUGAGUGAGAUCCUGUCCAAAGGUGCUGGAAAACCUGGAAUUCAACUAGAAUUGAGUGUUCCCAAUUUUAUACUUUCUUAUGAUAAUGCUUAUUAUCUGCAGUUUUACAGUGUUGUAUACGUGCAGAAAUGUUAUGCUUGAACAUGCUGCCAUUGAGAUUUCUACAACUAAAGGAAAUGUAUCCAAAACAAAGCUGUGAGCAGUAACACAGUUGAUGUACCAAUGUUUUGAAUGAAAGAAUACAGGAUAACUUGGGAGUACAUUUAGCACUGGGAAUAAAAUAUUACAAAAAUA